AGGGUUAAAAAAAAAGGGAAAAACUUGCUUGGGUAGCGCAGAACAAAUAGAGCGGGAAAUAAUAAACGGAAAUCCUAUAAAGCGUGCUGGCUGCAGAAGGCUACUCAAGUAGAGAUCAACUUACAGAGAAUAAAGAAGAAGAUGGCUACAUUGAUGCAAAGCUCUCAGCCAUGGGUCGAGAAAUAUCGACCUAAGCAAGUAAAAGACGUGGCUCACCAGGAUGAGGUGGUCCGGGUCCUCACCAACACCCUCGAAACCACUAAUUGUCCCCACAUGCUCUUCUAUGGCCCUCCCGGCACCGGUAAAACGACCACCGCUCUAGCCAUUGCUCACCAGCUUUUUGGACCUGAACUAUACAAGUCUAGAGUGCUGGAGCUUAAUGCAAGUGAUGACCGUGGUAUCAAUGUUGUUCGAACAAAAAUCAAAGAUUUUGCUGCUGUUGCUGUGGGUUCUGUCCAACGUCAAGGGGGAUACCCUUGUCCACCUUAUAAGAUCAUUAUCCUUGAUGAGGCUGAUUCCAUGACUGAAGAUGCUCAGAAUGCCCUUAGACGUACGAUGGAAACUUACUCCAGAGUCACAAGGUUCUUUUUCAUAUGUAAUUACAUCAGCAGGAUCAUAGAGCCUCUUGCGUCUAGGUGUGCAAAGUUCAGGUUCAAGCCACUUUCAGAAGAAGUCAUGACUAGUCGUGUAUUGUACAUUUGCAAUGAAGAAGGUCUGAAUUUGGAUUCAGAGGCUCUUUCAACUCUAAGUUCUAUUUCACAAGGUGAUCUGCGGCGGGCUAUUACAUACUUGCAGUCAGCAGCUCGCUUGUUUGGAUCUUCGAUUUCUUCCAGGGACCUGAUUGGUGUUUCUGGGGUCAUUCCACUUGAGGUUGUUGAGGCUUUUUUCACAGCUUGCAAGAGUGGUAACUUUGAUUUGGCAAAUAAGGAAGUCAAUAACAUUAUUGCGGAGGGCUAUCCCGUCUCUCAGAUGCUUUCACAGUUAUUUGACAUGGUUGUUGAAGCAGCUGAUGUAUCAGAUGAACAGAAGUCUAGAAUAUGCAAGAAAUUGGGCGAAGCAGAUAAGUGUCUUGUUGACGGUGGGGAUGAGUACUUGCAACUGCUUGAUGUGGCUAGCAACACAAUGCGUGCUCUUUGUAACAUGCCAGAAGAAUUCUCUUAUAGCAAUUAGGUGUUCGAGAUGCCAGUACCAGUGCCUCGUCCCAAUUGGUUGCAGACAUGUUCAACGCCUCAUUUAUAAUUUGUCCAGAGUUUGUGAGAUCCCUAGCGGUCGGGAACCAGCCUAAUCCUGGUGUGCCAUCUUGAUGCUAAACAUGGUAAAACAUAUGUUUCCUUGUAAGCCAUCUGAGAUUGUGUUCCAAAAUACAUAACCAUUACUAAUGUCUUUUAUCCCAUCACGGUCAUCUUGAGAAUCAAAUUCAACUCAAUCCUUGAUUUGAGGUGCAUUUCUUUUUGUUUUUUGUUUUAGUCAUAGCUAACCCUUGUGAUUUGUGAAGUGUAAAAUUUUUCAACAAACAUUGCACUUCGAUGGGCUAAAUAUUUAAAUUCCAUAAUUUGAAGUUUAACUUA